GCUAUUUGACGCCAUGACGUCAAGUAAUCAGCGUGGGGAAAACUUCCGCAUCUCUACUGGAUUUGGUUCGUUAGCUUCUAGCUCGAGUCGUUUUACUUUUUCUCGGAAAUUGACUGCGAUAUUCUGGAGAGGGGUGCCUGAGGCCAGGAGGAGCUGUCCCUGUGUGUGCGUCAGCUGUUUGGGCCCCCAGAAAAACAACGGCUGUGGCUGUGUCUUCCGGUUCCCUGCCACAGUGGUUGGUUUGUGACGCUGUCAGGCAGGAAGUCAGGACGUCAGAAAGAGAGCGAGACAAGCCAGUGAGGAAGUUGCUGUGGCUAUUCAGUGAGCCUCAGAAUGACUGAGUUCUGGGUGUGUUUCAGCUGCUGCAUUGCUGAGCAGCCUCAACCUAAGCGGCGGCGGCGGAUAGAUCGUUCGAUGAUCGGGGAGCCGACCAAUUUCGUCCACACAACCCACGUGGGCUCUGGGGACAUGGGCCUGGGGCUGUCCUCGGUGGACCUGGUGCAGGCCCAGAUGAAGUCUAAAGGAGGAUACUGUCACGGCGCUUCAGAGGGAUCCCAGUUAUAACUUGAGCACCCAAGCAGCCUGUGGAUCCUACUUUCAUUGGUUGAGGAAGUGUUUUCCAAAGCAGUUGUGUCUGUUACGGACAGCAGGACCAAAAGAUGAAUCCACUGCUUUUCCAUAAUGUUGUACAUAUCGUUUCUGAUGUUCAGUUUUUUUUGUUUCCUUCAUUUAUUUUUUGUUUAAAAUGAAAGCACUGUUAUCCAUCACCGGCCAUUUGGUUGCACUGUAAAGAUUUUUGGAUAAGAGAUUUUUAGGCCAACUUCAGCUCUGUCGUUGAAUGCUUGAGGGGUAUGCAUGAGGACAUAUAUUUAGAUCUUAUUUUGCUGUUUUUAGCCCAUGUUGGAUGACUGUAUUUAUUAUGAAUUGUAAACGAACCUCACGGUGGCUGGGCCACUCGACAACAUUCUGUUGAGUGUUGUUCAUUCUCAGAGGUUGCUCAGACAGACAGGUAGAGGUUCAACGCUAUUGGCUUAGCUGCUCUCCGAGGAGCUCCGUGCUAAAUGCUGUUUUGUAUUAAACUUGAAGUUGAGUAGAGCACACUGGAGCACAUCUUAAACACUCAAUGUUGCUUAGGAAUUUCCCAUUGAUUUCAUCUGUGUUUUUAUAUUAAUUUUGAUCUAACCAGAAAUUAUUUUAAUAAACAACAAACUAUAAUCUUCUGGACGGUUUAUUUCUAUUUAAUUUUUAUUUUUAUCAUGACAGUCUUUCCACGGUCUAUGUUAUGCAGCACUUCUUUCAAAGGACAUAUUUGAGACUUUCAAUGCCAAGCCCAUUUGCCUCAAAGCAUCUUGUUUCAGCAGUGGAGGAAGGCUUGUAGGUUUGGUGCUACACUGCCCUGCGCUUUAGCUUGGAUCCCUUGGUUCACUGUGCUUCUUUAAUCUGAACGCGCCGGGACACAUUGUCCAAGCGGAUACUGGUAGUUUGUGGGAGUUGGAAGGGACACUGUUUUAUUCACGACGGAAAACACUUAAACUUGCUUGCAUGAUGGAUUUAACCUUAAAUAUACUCCUGCGUGAUAUAAAUGCAAGGUUGAAUAAUACUUGUAGUAUUUCAAAAAAACAGCAAAAGCGACACAACUGGCAAUUCUUUAACAGACCUGGAUUUCAACAAUAUGCAAACUGCUAUUUCCAUAUGAUGUUAUUACUGAAUGUGUAUGUCAUGUUAAGCUCCGUGUGCAUGAACUGCAAACUUUACUCAACUUCAGGGUUCACAAGCAAGCCGUUGACAGUUAACGUUUGGAUCUCUGCAUCUGAAACACCCGGCUGUUGGUGCAAAGCAGGCGGCCGUGAAUGUAGUCUCUUAUGUGGCCUUCACUGGUCUGAGUUCUCAUCUGGAACUUUACAACAAAGUAAAGUACAUUGACUUUGUCAAUGGAAAUAACAGGUGAACACAGAUGCACCUGCAACUACAAAAUACAAAUGCACACAGAUUUUACUAAUCACAAAUAUAUACACACACAGAUCCUUUUCCUGUCCCAUCUAUUCAUAUCUGUAAUGUAUGGAACUGCAGAGAAUGAAAUGACUAUUUGUUAAUUGAAUCUAGAGGGUUUCUGGCUACUGUAUUUGAUCUGAAUUUAUGCUAUCAUAUUCAUCCACCAGCCAUUUAACAUCUAUUCCAAACUUUUAUUUUUCUAUUCCUAUUCAGAACAAUAAAUGAAGUAUGUCCAAGUGUAAAAUAAAAUCUAUUAUGGAUGAAAGAUGGUUUAUAAUAGGAUCCCCCUUUUCUCCAGCCUUGGUGCCCUCUCCACUUAAAAAACCCUUCACUUAAUCCUCUUAAAAGAUCCUUUUCAUCAGUUAAGGUUUCUUGCCUUGCAUGAACCAGCCUCCAUGAGUCCGGUACUGCUAUGUAAAUUGUUCAUUGCUGUAAACCAAAUUCCCUAGUUUAGAUUUAAUGUAAUUGAACACACCUGCUGCCCCAGCUGUCUGGUGUGAGAAGCUCCAUAUAUUGGAACUCAUUAUUGUAUGUGAAGGGGGUCGAGGAAGCCAUUAAGUGGCAGCAUAACCGAUAUUGAGCCUAUUGUUAAACAUGCUUUUGAAACUGAAGCAAUUCCCAUGCAUCUAUUCUAGUAACCACCCCCCCCCUCGCUUCCCUCUUCAGGGACGUGUGCAAAGCAGUACAAAAGUGAAACAGGGUCAUUUCUCUAUGAAUGAACUUGAAUGUGUGAUGCUGCUUUAUUUUUUAUUAAUUUUUGAUAUUGCCUGUCAACAUUUAUAUUAUCUGAUCAUUCAUAAAAAAUGAAGUGUACAUUUUACUUUUUUUAAUUUAUAUCAUAUUUCAAGUCUUUGUAAUAUAUAAAUGUAUGUCUUCUCUUAAAUUCCUUGAAAUUGAUGUUUAAAACCACUUUUUUGUUUUGCUUUUUACAUAUUUGCUAUGAAGUAUCCGAUGUUGAACACAUUUAUUUAUGAUUUAUUUUCCCUGUGUUACUUGUCCACUCCCAGCCCCCCCACCACCCAAUAGGACCUGAAUCCCUGUAAUAAAUUGAUGUUGAUGUUUAACUGUUGUCCCAGUUAUGCUGUAGUUCCACACUCCUGGGCUGGCCUUCAGUCCUCUGGGCUCCAGAGAACGCAGAGGAAAGGUAUAUUAGACACCUAGUAUUAAUAAGUGUAUUAAAACCAUGCCCAUUGAAGGGCAGGGAUGGAGAUCAGUCUUCCGGAUUUCGUUCAUCCUUACAUUGGUAGCUGAUAUUUUAGAUACAAACAUCAGGCGAUGACUUACGGGUCAGAACGCCCCAACAUUUUACACACAACCCUUUUAAUGGUCCCUCUAGUCAUUCUCAAAAUCCUCAACAUCUAAGGAUGGGUUGUUUGGACGUGACUUCACCAGGUCUGUCUGUAGUAGCUCACCCCCCACCCCAGAUACUAGGGGACUGAACUGUUUAAUCUGUGUGAAGAUACUACAGUGAUACCGCAAUCAUUUAUUUUUGUUGUAAAUUGUCUCAUAUCGUCCUAUUUUAUGGUUGCACGCCAUCUCCUUCAUAUAAAGAUCCCAAUCCUACGCACUGGAAUAUGUUAAUUGAUUCUAGUACCUCUUGCCCAUCUCUGUGCCAAUUGUUAUUUUGUGAACAGUGAAUGUUUUGUUCUAUAUAGACUGUGUCUUGUCUUGAAAGCUAGAUGUUCUGUAGCUCACCUUGCUCUGUGUAUUAAAAUCAAAUGACUCUU